AUGCUCGUUGUUUUCCGCCUUCCCUCGCUGCAGAAGGGGGCGGGUGUCCGCUGCCCCGAGUGCUUUACUUUACACGUCUUGGACAGCGUGGAGUCGGUGCCGGUGUACGAUGUGGAGGCCGCGGCAUUAGAGGGCCAGGGGGAUGGGGGCGACGAGUUAGAGCGUAUAGAGGAAGAGUUCGGCGAUGCGGGACGAGAUGGAACCGUCGAAGAAGCUGCCGCAGUGUCGCCGCCGCCCUCGCCGGCCCCUAAGGCGUCAAAGUUCGCGGCUUUCUUGAGCGCCAACAAGGCGGAGAAGCACGUGCCGACGUUCGCCCAAGGGCAAGACCAAGAGGAGGAAAACAUGGACGGGCAGACGGAGGGGCGAGUGUGUAAGGUGGAAGGGUGCGACAAUAGGGCUGUGGAGAACGUGGCGGUGUGCCCAAUGCACACUAAGAGGUACUCGGUGGUUUCUGUGUCGGCAAUGGUGCACCAGUUCAAGGACACCAAGCUCAGCUCGGUCGCCCUCAAGAGUGACAAGGUGGAGGUGAAUCGUGGGGGAGUGGCCGGUGCGGGAGAGGCUGGUUUCGACCCGGAUGCCAUCGGCGAACGAUUCAGACGACAGGAGCGGCUGGAGCUGGGGGAGGCGGUAGCUUUGAUCGAAGCGGUCAAGAACAUAUUCAGGGAGGAGGACAACAUGGUUCCGUUAGAUGCGCCGGUGAUGGUUGUGGGAGACGUACACGGGCAGUACUUCGACCUUCUUAACAUCCUCAAGCGCUGGAGACCAGAUCACAACCUCCUCUUCCUCGGAGACUACGUCGAUCGUGGUCAGUUCUCUUGCGAGGUGAUCCUCCACCUCUUCGCGCUCAAGCUUCGGCAUCCCAAGAAUGUCUUCCUCAUUCGUGGAAAUCACGAGUGCUCCUCGGUGUCGGCCCACUUCGGGUUCAAGGACGAGUGCAAGAUGAAGUACGGCUUGACGGUCUACUAUCGCUUCCUACUCGCAUUCCAGACGAUGCCAAUCUGUGCCCUCAUUGAGACGAGCAUCGGGAGGAUCUUCGCUUGCCACGGGGGAAUCAGCCCAGAUAUCCGGCACCUGUCGGACAUCGAGGAGAUUGACCGUUUCGCCGAGCCAGAGAUGGAGGGGCCUCUGUGCGACAUGCUCUGGGCUGACCCACUCAACGAGGACGACAGCCACAAGCUCACCGGCGAAGAAUACCAGCACUUCCUUGACACCGACUACAUUUCCAACCAGGUUCGAGGUUGCAGCUACAUGUUCGGGUACCACGCUGUUCAGCGUUUUCUUCGAGAGAACCGGCUCAUGUACAUGGUGCGGGCACACGAGGUGCAGGAGGAAGGCUUCCGCUCACACUUCCCUAGCCCGGUGUGGGGCUUGGCUGCCGCUGCCGCUGCUGCUGAGGAGGGAGACUUCAGCGAUGAAGAUUCAGAGCUGGGGUCGGAGGAGGAGGAAGAGGCUAACUCGUACGACCAGGUGUUGGCGGACACGAGCCGGCACCUCAACCCGACAGUGCUCACGGUUUUCUCCGCCCCGAACUACUGCGACCGCUACCGAAACAAGGCCGCAGUGCUGCACAUCGAGAGGCCAGGGUACUACACCGUCAACCUACUCGAGGCGGAGCCCCACCCAGCCCCGGUGAAAGAGAGCGACGUGAACGUCAUGCAAGUCUUGGCCAUGGGGAACACGUGCCCCUACAUGCCCACGACGUUCCGGGAUUUCCUCAAGGUGGCCGUCGAGCUUGGCCGGGCAGUCAAGCCUACGAGCACCAAUACCUCGACGGUGACCGAGGACCUGGCUGCAGCCGCCGCCGCUGCCGAGAACUUGAUGUCCUUGUCCAGCGAAAUUGACAACAACAACAACACUGCUGAGAACCGCGCUGGUGGUGGUGGUGGUGACGCUGGCGGCGACGGCGGGGGUGCGUCCUGUGCUCCCGCGCUUGCGCGAAGGUCUUCGGCGCCAGCAGAGACUGCGUCUGCGGCGGGAGGCGAAGGGGAUGGGGUGAUGGGACUCCCCCCUCCACGAGGACUACCGCCUGCUGGCAAGGAUCAGGAGGAAGAGGACGGCGAUUUGGGUGCGGUUCUGCCUAGCUCAGCCCCGAGGGUAAGGAGGGGUCCGGCUAGGAUAAUCUCCGCACCGGUCCUGGGUAGCGGCGGUGGCGGCGGUGGGAGCUCGGCGGGUGUAAUGGGGGGUCGGCGAAGGAGAAGGAGCUCCGGGGGGUCGCCUGCGGGGGGUGGGGUUUCCGCUGGCGUCGUUGCGAGCGGUGGGGGGAAGGAUGGCGACGAGGACGAUGUACGGGAAGGGGAGGAUCCCGACUCUUGGGAGGAGGAGGAGGGGGAGGGGGAGGGGGAGGCGAAGGCGGACACCUCAUUCUUUGGGGUGAUGAGCUCGUUGUCCCGACGGAGCAUGAGAGGACUCGGACUGAUGGACGUGCGAUCUUCGAGCCCAGGGCUGGGACUGCUGACGAGGCAAAAUACUUGGAGCGUCGGUGCAACCAAAGCUCCCAUCAGUUGA